AUGCAGCCCCUCGAGCUCACACUCAUCGUCGCCGCCACGCGCAACAUGGGCAUCGGCGCCCACGGCACCAUGCCCUGGACCGGCCUGCGCAAGGAGAUGCAGUACUUUGCCCGCGUCACCACCCGCCUCCCGCCUCAGGCCCCUGCCGGCGCGGUCAACGCCGUCAUCAUGGGCCGCAAGACGUGGGACUCUAUACCGCCCAAGUUCCGCCCGCUCAAGGACCGCCUCAACAUCGUCAUCACCCGCUCCGCGCCUCCCCCGUCUCUUCCCACAUCAUCAUCUUCAGCACCAUCCUCACUGCCUCCGUCGGCGUCCGCACCGUCAACCACAUCAGCAGCAACAGCAGCCUCUUCAUCAACAACAUCGUCACCACCGCCACUGUCCACCAGUGAACCCAUCCGCGUCCCCUCCCUCGAGCACGCUCUGCAGUACGCCCAGGCCCACGCCGCCCUCCUCGGGCGCGUCUUCGUCAUGGGCGGCGCGCAGAUCUACGACGCCGCCCUGCGCCUGCCCGCCGCGCGGCGCGUCCUGCUCACCGCCAUUGAGCGCGACUUCGACUGCGACACCUUCUUCCCGCUCCGCCUGGUCGCAGGCGACGCCGCUGCUAAAGGGUGGGCGCAGAGGUCGCGCGCCGAGCUGCGGGCGUGGACGGGCGAGGAGGCGCUCCAGGAUGGGCCGCAGGAGGAGGCGGGCACAAAGUACGAGUUUCAGAUGUGGGAAAAGGCUGAUUGA